CCCGGGGACCCAUGCCCACAGCUCCGCAGGGUGCGGACGGCGGCUGGCCGGAGCUGAGGCACCGUGCUGCCCCCAGGGCCGCCCGUUCAGCGGCUCGUCCUGCCCACCUGUUGCUAUGCACAGCACCUGUCACCUGGGGAGGGACAGGGCCUCUGUGGCCCAUUGUGCUGGGGCAGUGGAGCCUCUACGGAGCAGCCAACAAUCAACCCCGGGUGAAGACCGACCCCAGCAGGAUCCCUAGGUCCCACAGUCGAGGUUCUGAGGACUCCUUUCUAGAAGUGGAAAGUCUUCAGAGGCACAAGAUACAGCUUCCUUCCGGAGCCUGAGGAACGCCGGGUCCUGAGGGUGAGCUGCUGGGUGCCCUCAGCUCAGCGGCCAGCAGGGACAUGCGGCUUCCCAGGCGCCCCGCCGCUCCGUGGCUCCGACCCGUGCUGCCGGCCGUGGCCCUGCAGUUCUGAGCAGCGUCCCGCUGCCCCUGCUCCCCGCAGCCUCCUGCUGCCCAUGAGUGUUGGCUGCUGAAGGCCCGGUGGCCCCUGCCCACAAGGAUGCAUGCCCCCAUCGGGGGGCUGCUCGCGGCCCUGGCGCUGGUGUUUGGGACGGCGGUGGCCUUCGCGCCCAUACCCCGGAUCACCUGGGAGCACAGAGAGGUGGGUCUGGUGCAGUUCCACGAGCCAGGCAUCUACAACUACUCGGCCUUGCUGAUGAGCCAGGAUGAGGACACGCUGUACGUGGGCGCGCGGGAGGCCGUCUUUGCGCUCAGGGCGAUGGACAUCUCCAGGAAGCAGCACGAGGUGUACUGGAAGGUCUCAGAAGACAAGAAAGCAAGAUGUGCCGAGAAGGGGAAAUCGAAGCAGACAGAAUGUCUCAACUACAUCCGGGUGCUCCAGCCGCUCAGCGCCACCACCCUGUACGUGUGUGGGACCAACGCGUUCCAGCCCACCUGUGACCACCUGGACUUAGCAUCCUUUAAGUUUCUGGGAAAAAAUGAAGAUGGCAAAGGAAGGUGUCCCUUUGACCCAGCACACAGCUACACGUCCGUCAUGGUUGAUGGAGAGCUUUAUUCUGGGACGUCGUAUAACUUUUUGGGAAGCGAGCCCAUCAUCUCCCGAAACUCUUCCCACAGUCCUCUGAGGACGGAGUACGCCAUCCCUUGGCUGAACGAGCCCAGCUUCGUGUUUUCUGACGUGAUCCGGAGGAGCCCCGAGGAGGGCGAGGACGACAGGGUCUACUUCUUCUUCACGGAGGCCGCAGUGGAGUACGAGUUCGUCUUCAAGCUCAUGGUCCCGCGUGUGGCCAGAGUGUGCAGGGGGGACCAGGGCGGCCUGAGGACCUUGCAGAAGAAGUGGACCUCCUUCCUGAAGGCCAGGCUGACCUGCUCGCGGCCGGACAGCGGCCUGGUCUUCAACGUGCUGCAGGAUGUGUUUGUGCUGCGGGCCCCGGGCCUGAAGGAGCCCGUGUUCUACGCCCUCUUCACCCCGCAGCUGAACAACGUGGGGCUGUCGGCGGUGUGUGUCUACAACCUGUCCGCGGUGGAGGCCGUCUUCUCCGGCGGGAAGUACAUGCAGAGCGCCACGGUGGAGCAGUCCCACACCAAGUGGGUGCGCUACAACGGCCCCGUGCCCACGCCGCGGCCCGGAGCGGUGAGCGAGGGACAGGGUCCAGGGAGGGCUGUUGGUCCCGUUCAGGGUUCACGGCCCACACCGGCCCCACCUCUGUCUCCCUCCCAGGGCAGGAGGUUCGUCUACGCGGGCUCCAACUCGGGGGUGGUGCAGGCACCCCUGGCCUUCUGUGAGAAGCACAGCAGCUGCGCGGACUGCGUGCUGGCGCGGGACCCCUACUGUGCCUGGAGCCCGGCCACCGCUGCCUGCGUCGCCCUGCACCAGGCCGAGGGCCCCCACAGGGGCUGGAUUCAGGAGAUGAGCGGCGACGCGUCCCUGUGCCCGGAUAAAGUUAAAGAAAGUUACCGGCAGCAUUUUUUCAAGCACGGCGGCACAGCAGAGCUCAGAUGCGCCCUAAAGUCCAACCUGGCCCGGGUGGUGUGGAAGUUCCAGAACGGUGUGCUGAAGGCCGAGAGCCCCAAGUACGGUCUCAUGGGCAGGAAAAACCUGCUCAUCUUCAACCUGUCGGAAGGCGACAGUGGGGUGUACCAGUGCCUGUCAGAGGAGAGGGUCAGGAACAAGACCGUCUCCCAGGUGGUGGCCAAGCACCUCCUGGAGGUGAAGGUGGUCCCGCGGACCUCGGCCACCCCCACCCUGCAGGCCACCCGGACGGAAGAGACCUCAUCUCCUAAGCCCUUCCCUCCUCCUGGCUCCUCCUCCCUGUCCUGUCUGGCUCCUGACUGGCCUUCCUCUCCCCGGAGCCCCUGGCCGCCCUUGAGCUCAGGGCCCGACAGCCGCCCACGGGUCAUCUUGUUGCCGCCCUUCCUGAGUGACCAGGCACAGCAGGUGCAUGCUCUGGGGACCUUCCACCUCUUCUGCCAAGCCACAGGUCCCGCAGACAUCCGCUUCCUCUGGGAGAAGAAUGGGCGUGCCCUGGAGACGUGCGUGCCCGUGCAGACCCACGCGCUGCCCGACGGGAGGGCCCACGCGCUCAGCUGGCUGCGGGAUGCCAUCCAGGAGAGCACGGAGUACCGCUGCUCCGCCCUCUCCUUGGCCGGGAACCAGACCUCGAAAGUGCGGGUCGCUGUGAUGAGACACGAGGCAGCCCAGCAGGAGAGGUGGAGCAAGGAGCUGGCAGCCUGGAGGGCUGUGGUCGGGGAGCAUGACCGGCUGAUGCGGGGCUGGAGGAAAGCUUGGGAAAGCUGUAGCGAGGAUAACUUCUAGGCAUGAGGAAUGUUCUGGACAAGACCCUGAGCAGAUCCUGCUGCCACCAGCCACGGUCGCCCCUGAAGAAGGCCCCAGCAACCCGACCAGCGAUGCACACAGCCUUCAGGACACUACCUGACUGGUCCCUCCAGAUGCUGGGUAGUGGAGAAGCACUGAACCCCAAGUGGGCCUGGGACUGUAACCAGGAAUUUAUUUUAAUUAGGUGCUUAGGACCUGUCAGAAACAGGUGACCAGGAUGGUUAGAAACUAUAAACCAAGGCAGUUGUGGCAAAAGAACAAGUGUCAGGGCUCCUCCUCCCCCUAGUGGCCACCCCUACAGGAUCCCUAGGACUUGGUUAUACCCACCCCGCAACCCGAGAGCUCGCAGGCUAGUGCCCAGCCCCCACCACUGGUUUUACAGAUUCAGUCAAGUCAGCGGCUGUGCCCACCCAAACACCUAGCCAUUUAACUUUAAGGUCCACUCCCUGGACGGGAGGGUGAGAUUCUAAGGAAGAGUCCUUUGCGUAAGACGUGAGAGAUGAGGAGGGCCGGGCCAGGGCGGAGCUGUCCCACCUGUGCCACUCUUCACUCCCCUCGGAACACGGGCUCUGUUUUCUAAUGUGUCGUGGUUCCUGCCUGUGUUUACCUAUAAGUGCUCCGCUUCUCCAUGGGACACCAGGCUUGAGGUAGAAAGCCAAACUGGUCAAUUAUGCAAAUCUCCUGGUGCCAUAUUAAAUUUUCCUGACAAA